UUACAGUCUUUUAGCGCCCUAAUGCGAUCUCUCUACAGUCCUCCUUUUCCCCUCCUGCGACGAACCAAGCGACCUCUCCUCCCCUCUCUCAUCUUCCCGGCCCUCCCUAACUUCCCAUCGGCAUGAAGCGCUCCGCCGACGAUCAGGACCGCAAGCUCCCCCCAGCUGCCGAGAUUAAGCCCCUCUUCAUCUCCAAGGCGGAGCGCCAGCGCCUCGCCCUCCAGCGCCGCGAGGAGGAGGUCGCCGAGCAGCGCCGCCGCGCCCAAGACCUCCUACACAACCAAAUCCACAGCCCCUCCUCCUCCAACUCCAAACCUGGCGCCCCCUCCUCCGCCCCCGACACCAACUACCGCCAGCGCGACCGGGACCGGGAGCGAGACCGAGACCGCGACCGCGACCGCGAUCGGGAGCGGGACCGCGAACACCGCGCCCGCGAACGCGAGCGCGACCGGGGGGAGGAGGCCCGGAGCCGCGAGCGCGCCCGCCUCGAGAAGCAGGCCGAGCGGGAGCGGGAGAAGGAGCUGGAGGCCAUCAAGGAACAGUACUUGGGGUCCAAGAAACCCAAGAAAAGGGUCAUCAGGCCCAGCGAGAAGUUCCGCUUCUCUUUCGAUUGGGAGAACACCGAGGACACCUCCCUCGACAUGAACACCCUCUACCAGAACCCUCACGAGGCCCGCCUCCUCUUCGGCCGCGGCUUCCUCGCUGGCAUUGACCGCCGCGAGCAGAAGAAGCUCGCCGCGCUCCACGAGAAGGAGACCCGCGAGGAGAUCCGCCGCAAGGAGGGCCUCGAGGAACGCCCUGAGGACGCCGCCGCCCAGCGCAAGAAGGAGGCUGCUGCAGAGCUCUACGACGCCUUCGACAUGCGCGUCGACCGCCACUGGACCGAGAAGAAGCUCGAGGAGAUGACGGAGCGCGACUGGCGUAUAUUCCGCGAGGAUUUCAAUAUCUCCUACAAGGGCUCUCGUAUCCCCCGCCCGAUGCGCAGCUGGGCCGAGAGCAAGCUCGGCACUGAGCUCCUGAAGGCGGUAGAGAAGGCCGGUUACAAAACGCCAUCCCCCAUCCAGAUGGCUGCCAUCCCUCUCGGCCUUCAGCAGCGCGAUGUGAUCGGGAUUGCCGAGACUGGGUCCGGUAAGACAGCGGCCUUUAUCCUCCCCAUGCUCACCUAUAUCACGAAGCUGCCUCCCAUGAGCGAGGAGAACGAGGCCGAGGGGCCUUAUGCGGUGGUGAUGGCACCUACUCGUGAGCUUGCGCAGCAGAUUGAGGAUGAGACAGUGAAGUUUGCUCAUUUUCUGGGGAUCAAGGUUGUCUCGAUUGUUGGGGGUCAGUCGAUUGAGGAGCAGGGUUUUAAGCUGAGGCAGGGUUGCGAGGUUGUGAUUGCCACUCCGGGUCGUCUUCUGGAUUGUUUGGAGCGACGAUAUGCUGUCCUCAACCAGUGCAACUAUGUUGUUCUCGACGAAGCUGAUAGGAUGAUUGACAUGGGCUUUGAGCCGCAAGUUGUUGGUGUCUUGGAUGCAAUGCCUUCCAGCAAUCUGAAGCCUGAGAAUGAGGAUGAGGAGCUUGAUGAGAAGAAAAUCUACCGGACAACUUACAUGUUUAGUGCAACCAUGCCCCCAGCUGUAGAGCGCCUCGCUAGGAAGUAUCUGAGGAACCCUGUUGUCGUGACAAUUGGCACAGCCGGGAAGGCCACUGAUCUCAUUACUCAGCAUGUGAUCAUGCUGAAGAAGUCAGAGAAGAUGCCCAGGCUUCAGAGACUGCUCAGUGACCUCGGGGACAAGACAGCCAUAGUGUUCUGCAACACGAAAAAGACUGUGGAUGCAAGGGCCAAAGACUUGGACAAACUGGGAUAUAGGGUGACGAUAGUCCAUGGAGGGAAGUCACAGGAGCAACGAGAGAUCAGCCUGGAGGGAUUCAGGAACAGGCGGUUCAAUGUUCUUGUAGCAACAGAUGUUCUAGGGCGUGGGAUUGAUAUUCCUGAUGUGGCUCAUGUGAUCAAUUAUGACAUGCCAACACAUGUUGACAUGUACACUCAUCGCAUUGGAAGGACCGGGCGUGCUGGAAAGACAGGAGUGGCGACUACAUUUCUGACUCCUGAAGACUGGGAAGUUUUCUAUGAUCUGAAACAGAUGCUGAUACAGAGCAACAGUCCAGUGCCUCCAGAGCUGGCCAGACACGAGGCAUCAAAGUUCAAGCCAGGAUCAAUUCCUGAUAGACCUCCAAGGCGGAAUGAAACUGUUUUUGUUCAUUGAUGGAAAUAGGACUCUGGAUCUUGAUGAUGAACCAAAUGUCAGAUUUUUGGGCAUUCGGGACCAACUGAUAUGAGUUUUCUUUCUUUUGUGGCCAGUUCACUGCUCUCCUUCUGAUUGGGAGAAGAGGGAAUAUGAUGUCGAAAGCCCACCCUGAAAAAAAACAAAGUGAUAAUGUCGACUGCUUGCAGGAUCUUGACGGAAUUCUUCUCUCGAAGAAAAGGAGAGAAUGACCCAAUCUACUUGUUCACUGGUACAUGGGAUUGCUGAGUAAGGGCUGUCGUUCCGGAUGUUAAUUGUACAUAAUUGUCCAGCGUGUCUCAGUUUACAAUGGCCUGAAGCUGGCCAGGCAGAUCAUAAGCAAGGUAAGAUUGCGUUGAUGCACCGACGGUGGAAACGCAGGCCGGGAAUAUUCCGCGUGGGAUCAAGUUGAGACAGGGCUGGCAGGGUAGGAAGCAUUUGCCUUGUCACCAGGUGCAUCGUACAAGGACGUUGACCUCGCGGCCACGCGACUGAGUUGCAGUAGCACGGCAUGUAUUCACGAGUGUCCACCACCUGGUAGACCGUGAAGCAAUAUGCAUAAUAAUGAGCGAAAGCAAAAUUCUUUGUGCACUUAAUUGUUUGAAUGUGGUUGAUGGUUAUCAUUCAUGGAUUAUGUUCGUCUUAAAAUUGAGCAUGAAUGUCCUGUAAUUUUACUUGGAUUUUGUAUUUUGGAAAGUUGAUUCUUCUUCUAUCAAUGGUAUGGCUGGAAUGUGGCA